UGCGCGUCUGUCGGCGCCGCCCUCGGAGCUGUGCGCCGAGCGGCCCCGGCGGCGGCGAGCCGCAGAAACGCCCCGCGCCGCAAACGUCAGCCAAAAUACUCCCGGCAGAGCGCGAAGUCGGCGGCAGCCAGGAAGAUCAGCGGAGGGCAGAGAAGCGGGAGAAGGCGGAGGAGAUGAAUUAUCAUCAAAUCAAGGCAGAAUUCCUGUUGUAAAGCCUCUGCAAGAGAAGAACACUGUAAAAGUUAACAGGCAGGAGCAUUUGAAAGCAAUCAUGGAUGACUAUGAUAUCAGGUCUGCUGCCAGCAUUUUAGCAUCUGUUAAGGAGCAAGAAGCUCGUUUUGAGCGGCUUACCCGUGCACUCGAGGAAGAGCGGCGCAAUGUCUCCUUGCAACUCGAGCGUGCCAAUCAGCCCGCAGACCGCAUGAGCAUUUGCAACAUUGGCAAUGGUCAGCCACUGGCAACCGCCUGGCAGCAGCUUGUCCUGCAGAUGAAGGACCUAGCUUGUACUUCUGACUACUAUGUGCAUGAACAGAGCCCCAGUAACCAGACAUCUAUAGCAAUGAUGCAAGAACCUCAGGAAAUGGUGGAAGAAACAGUUACUGUGGAGGAAGAUCCAGGCACCCCCACUUCCCACGUGUCUAUUGUCACUUCUGAGGAUGGAACAACAAGGAGAACUGAAACCAAGGUCACCAAAAUGGUCAAAACAGUCACCACUCGAACAGUGCGCCAGGUCCCUCUUGGACCCGACGGCCUGCCGUCGAUGGAUGGCUCGUCUCCCAUGGGCAGCUACACAGAUUCAAUAGACAGAAGGUAUAUGAAGAAUGGGGAGCGGUACAUCACCCCACAGGCGUCGUCCACAUUGACCAGAUCUUACAACAGCUACAAUGAUUCCUACCCUGACAGCCACGAGGGCCAGUAUCGACCUUACAUCGGUCAUGAUGGUUAUGGAGACCUAGCAGAUAACUAUGGCAGCUUGUCACGUGGCGUCAACUACCGUCCUCGCUACGCCUAUGUGCCAGGAAACAGCUACCGGCCGGACGACGGGAGCUUCACUUUGCCGAGCAGAAGGGACAACUAUGGUCCUGUUGCCCAGCCUCAGGUACCAGUGGGCAGCAGUGUUGACUUGAACCGCUCUCAGCCGGAACGUUUCCAACCAGAGCCCUAUGGGCUGGAGGAUGACAACCGCAGCCUUGGGGUAGACGAUGAAGGAUAUGAACUGGAUCCAGAUUAUUCUACUGUGAACCGGAGGACAUCUGCAGGUGUGCCAGAGAGAGGAAGACCCCACAAAGGAAGGGGCUACGAUGACCCCAUUGAGACAGAGAUGGUGGAGGAGAGGAUCCCAUACCUCCAUGGCAGCUACGCAGCACCGCUGGCGCAGCCAGAGCGAGGAAGCAUGGCCAGCAUCGACCGCCUGGGGAAGCGCUCCCCCUCUAUUGACAGCAUUCGCAAGGACCCCAGGUGGAGGGACCCUGACCUCCCUGAAGUCAUUGCCAUGCUCAGCCACCCUAUCGACCCGGUCAAGUCUAACGCCGCUGCCUACUUGCAGCACUUGUGCUACGAGAAUGAUAAAAUCAAGAAGGACGUGAGGCACCUUAAGGGGAUCCCCAUCCUGGUGGGCCUGCUCGAUCAUCCAAAGCCAGAGGUCCAUCGCAAAGCCUGCGGGGCCCUCAGGAACAUCUCCUAUGGCAAGGAUAACGAAAACAAGGUGGCUAUAAAGAACUGUGACGGGAUCCCUGCUUUGAUCAGACUCUUGCGAAAAACAAAUGACAUGGAAGUCAGAGAGCUAAUUACAGGCACUCUAUGGAAUUUGUCUUCCUAUGAGCCCCUGAAGAUGGUCAUCAUCAACCAUGGCCUGCAGACGCUCACCAACGAGGUGAUUAUACCCCAUUCUGGCUGGGAGAGUGAGCCCAACGAGGACUCGAAGCCUCGCGAUGCUGAGUGGACAACUGUCUUCAAGAACACUUCUGGUUGCUUACGGAAUGUAAGUUCAGAUGGAGCAGAAGCACGCAGAAGACUAAGAGAGUGUGAUGGCUUGGUGGAUGCCCUCCUUCAUGCCCUACAGUCUGCAGUUGGCAAGAAAGAUACAGACAAUAAGUCCGUGGAGAAUUGUGUGUGCAUCAUGCGGAACCUUUCCUAUCAUGUCCACAAGGAGGUCCCUGGAGCUGAUAAAUAUCAAGAACUCGAUGCUGGUCAGACUGCGGGCACAGGAGGCUCUCAGAAAAAGAAGAAAGACGAUGCUGGUUGUUUUGGUGGAAAGAAAGCUAAAGAGGAGUGGUUCAAUCAAGGAAAGAAGAAUGGAGAUUUGGACAGGAAUUUUGAUACACUUGAUUUGCCCAAGCGGUCUGAGACAGCAAAAGGCUUUGAAUUACUGUACCAACCUGAUGUGGUCCGACUGUACCUUUCCAUCCUCACUGAAAGUCAGAACUUUAACACUCUGGAAGCUGCAGCAGGGGCUUUGCAGAAUCUCAGCGCUGGCAACUGGACUUGGUCCACAUACAUUCGUGCAACAGUGCGGAAAGAGAGAGGUUUGCCAGUGCUUGUGGAGCUACUCCAGUCCGACUCUGACAAGGUUGUGAGGGCUGUGUCAAUUGCUUUGAGAAACCUUUCCAUGGAUCGCCGCAAUAAAGACCUUAUAGGUAGUUAUGCCAUGAGUGAGCUGGUUAGAAAUUUGCCUAGCAGGCAGCAGAGAUCUGCAAAGAACCUGGAAGAGGAUACAGUGGUUGCUGUAUUGAAUACAAUCCACGAAAUCAUUACUGACAGCUCAGAAAAUGCAAGAUCUCUGAUCCAGACACAGGGCAUUCAGAAGCUGGUGGCAAUCAGCAAGUCAAGCCAGUCUCCUCGAGAAACAAAAGCAGCUUCUCACGUUCUUCAGAUGAUCUGGAGCUACAAGGAGUUACGAAAUGCUCUGCAGAAAGAUGGCUGGAACAAAUCACACUUCCAGUCUGUUUCUGCAACGCCAAAGAGUUCCAAGGCUGCUGCUGGCAGGUCUGGCUAUGAUGACAGCACUUUGCCGCUGGUGGAUAAGAGCCAAGAUAAUGAGAAAACUGGGAGUCGUGAUAUGAUACCUAUGGAUGAGCUUGGCCCAGAUGGCUACUCUACCAUCGAUCACCGGGACAAGGAGCGCAAAUACAAGACCAGCGACAGCACAGGGGACGCCUCAGAGAAAGAACCUUUGAAAAAUGACACAAAUAGGAAAAACAUUAACAGGAGUAACAGGGCUUCGGUGAAUCUGGUGGAUGCUCGUGACAUUAAACCCCAGCCUGUUGACUCCUGGGUCUAAUUUGCAUGCAUGGCCUAGAGUCCAACCACAUUUUUUUUUAAUUGAGGCGGAGAAAAAAACAUUGAAUUGACACAGGAUUUCAUCAGUCACCACUGCCAUUCCGAUCUGGAGGGCGCUGCAUCACUGACAAGGCUGCGGAUUCUAAGAAAAUGCAGGGAGAAAACACAACUGACUGCCAUUGCCAACCCCAGAGCACCAUGCCUUACAGCAAGACAGUUUGCUUUUUAAAUCAGUUACAUUCCCACCAGACAUAGCUGCCUCCUGCUCCCUCCCACUCCUGCAAGAGUAAAGCAAGCAAGAGAAGAGAAUCCAAGUUCCAUCCUGCUGGCUGCAUUCUUAGGUGACUCUUACAUGUGGAAGGUGCCAAGAAUGAGAAGCGAAGGUCAUGCAGCAGCAAAGAGGACAGCUUCAUAAGUGAACUGCAGAAGAUCUGAAACGAUACCUUAGGUGUAGUCAUGAAGAUAAUAGCACUUUUAUGGAUUGGAUCCCGUGGUUUUCUUUUUGUUUUGAGGGAUUUAUUUUGAACUGUGAAUCUAACACUUUUAAAGGGGUUUUGAAAAAUGCUGAGGUUUUCUUCGUUAUUUCAACAGGAAUUGCAGGAAUGUUGAGUGGGUUUAUUGAAUUUCAAUGAAGAGAAAAUACAGAACAAAAAAUACUAAAUGCUGGCCAAGUGAACUGGAGAGUAGAUAGCAAAAUUGAUGCAAGCUGUAUAAAUCUGCUUUUAGAGUAAGCUAUAUCAAUCACAGUGCUAUAUUAUCGUUAUAAUCUGAUGUACAGUACUUCUGCCUUUUGAAUUCUGUAAUGGCUCUGCUUUUAUUUCCACAUGAAGGUUUUAAUGUCCCCGGCUCAGAAAUGUAUACUGAGAAAUGGAGUUGGCUGGCUUUUUAUUUUCUUAUUCUCAAAGAUUGCAGUAAGGAGCUUUUACAUCUAAUCGUAUCAGUGUUACAUUGAUGACAAUUAACAGUUUAUUUUGCUGUAGCUGUUAACACAUUGGAAGAAAUAGAAGCUUCUUCACAGGAUGUCUUAUUUUGAACAUACACUGCAGUUUAGGUGGGUCUGUCAUUUAUGUUUGAUGGUAAAUUUAUCACUGUUGGAUCCAUGUUUGCUUUGGGCUAAAGAUCCUGGUGGAAAAUGUCAUAAAGGGAACAGAUCAGACAUUUUUAAAAUCAUCAUCAUUUCUGUGUUCCCUUGAUUUUGUUUGGAGCUUACAUGUUCUUGGUGGUAGGAAAAUCAUCCACGCGCAGAUGUUCUCCUCUUAGAUGCCAUGGUGUGCUCUGAUAAGGCAGGAUUUUUACCUCAUGAGAACAGAGAACUAUGCUGCAUCUACAGAAUCUGAUAAUGCCAUGAACUAAGUGACUUUAGAUCACUGAUUUUCUCCAGGCAUUGGUCAAGAGAGGGCGGCAGAAGAGGAAUGAAAUAUCUCACCAGUAGCAUCAGAGGCUUUUGCUGAUUUUGUUUGGUUGCCACAUUUAAUUCUAAAUAAGCUCCUAGAAGUGGUGUGACUGGAAAGCACAUUUUUGAGCCUAGCAAACAUCAUUCGGGGUUUUCAGUGCCUGCCAUUUCCUUUGUAAUUCAAAAGGGGAAAUAUCCAAAACCUUCCCUCACCCAGAAUAUUACUGUAAUAGUAAACGUCUGAAGUUUUUGUUUAAAAAAAAAAAAAAAUUAAAAAAAAAAAGAAAAACACACAAAAAAA